AACGCCCUGAGAGGAGCCUUGCUUGACCCCGCUUCCCCCCGAAGGGCCACUCCCCAGGCGCGCCUCCCUCCUCCCAGCCGGGGCCACCCUCCUCCGCCUUGGCCGAGGCUUUGUGACGGGGGCGGCGCCGAGAGAGAGAGACAGAGAGACAGAGAGAAAGCGAGAGGAGACCGGGGGGGAGGGGGUUGCGGCAGGCACCGGGCGACCUCCCGCCGCUCCAAAAUGCGCGGGAGAGGCUCCCCCAGGAAGCCGCAAGGGAGCAGCCCCCUCCUCGGCCCGCUUUGGCUUCCCUCUCGCUGAAGCGGCCGAGCGGACAGGCGGGGCGGCGGCGGCUUUGAGGCGGGCCGGGCAGUGGGCAGCGCCGCCCCUUUCGAGACAGGCCAGAAAGUUGCCAGCCGCCCGGCUCCUGGCUGCGCCGAGCCUUGCCCAGCCCGCAGCCUCUCCAUGGCUUCUUCUCCCGCCGGCCGCGCCUUGCUGAAGAGAGCGGCGAGGCACGUCUGGGCGGCGCUGGGCUUCCGGCCCGACCUCCGCGGCAUCCACCGCCUCAGUGCUCUCCAAGCUGGUGUGCCUUCUCCUCCUCCUGUCAUAAACAAAAGCUAUGUCUCUGGGACAUCAGACAUUCCACUUCUCUCUAAAACUCUGGACCAGUGCCUAGAAGACACAACCAACCGGUAUCCUGAUCGAGAAGCCCUGAUAUUCUCCACAGAUGGAACUCGAAAGACAUUUUCUCAAUUUCAACAAGAUGUGAAUCAGGCAGCAGCUGGGCUUCUGGCAUUUGGUCUGAAAAAGGGAGACAGACUAGGAAUGUGGGGUCCCAACAUGUAUGAAUGGGCCCUGAUGCAAUUUGCCACAGCCCAGGUGGGAAUCAUCCUGGUAUCUGUGAACCCAGCAUAUCAGUCCGAUGAGCUGGAGUUUGCAGUGAAGAAGGUUGGGUGCAAAGCACUGGUGUUUCCUACACAAUUUAAAACACAAAAAUAUUAUGAGAUCUUGAAUGCUCUUUGUCCUGAGUUAGAAAAAUCAAGUCCUGGAGCACUAAAAAGCAAGAGGCUUCCAGACCUUUCUAUUGUAGUUAAUGUGGAUGCCAAGCUGCCUGGCACAUUCUCCAUAGAUGAUCUGAUGCAGGCUGGAGAUAGCAGCCAUAAGAAACAGAUACAGGACAUCCGGAAGACACUGGACAGCAAGGAGCCCAUCAAUAUCCAAUUCACUUCAGGAACAACAGGAAGCCCCAAAGGGGCCACGCUUUCACACCACAACAUUGUGAACAAUGCAAACCUGAUUGCUACAAGAAUACGAAUUGGUGAAGGGGAGUCUCGUUGUUGUCUUCCUGUUCCUCUCUACCACUGUCUGGGUUCUGUGGCAGGCUGCACGGUGAUGGCUAUUCAUGGUGUCUCUCUUGUCUUCCCAAGUUUAAGCUUCAAUGCAAAAGCCACACUGAAGGCACUGGACAAUGAAAAAUGCACGCAUAUUCACGGGACUCCAACCAUGUUCAUAGACAUACUUGGACAGCCUGACUUUGCCAGCUACAACCUCUCAUGUCUCCGGGGAGGAAUCAUUGCAGGCUCACCAGUGCCUCCUGAAGUCAUGAAAAAAAUGAUCAAGAAAAUGAAUAUGCAUGAGCUAGUGGUUGCUUAUGGAACUACAGAGAAUAGUCCUGUUACUUUCAUGGGGUUUCCUGAAGACAAUAUUGUUCAAAAAACAGAGACUGUUGGAUGUGCUAUCCCUCACACAGAGGCAAAAAUUGAAGAUCCAGAAACUGAGGAAAUCCUCCCACUCAACACACCAGGAGAACUUCAGAUUCGGGGCUACUGUGUAAUGCUGGGAUACUGGGGAGAUCCCCAAAAAACCAAUGAAGUGAUGGAUGAUGAGAAAUGGUAUAAGACUGGGGACAUUGCUAUUCUUGAUGAGUACGGCUACUGCAAGAUUGUAGGUCGCUGCAAGGACAUGAUUAUCCGAGGAGGCGAGAACAUAUACCCUGCAGAGCUUGAACAGUUUCUGCACACCCACCCUAAGAUUCAGGAGGUACAGGUAGUUGGUGUGAAAGAUGAGCGAAUGGGAGAGGAAAUUUGUGCUUCCGUCCGAGUGAAAGCUGGAAAGGAGUGCACGGCCGAAGAAAUCAAGGAGUUUUGCAAAGGGAAGAUUGCUCAUUUCAAGAUCCCUAAGUACAUUGUGUUUGUGCAGAAAUUCCCACUCACUGUUUCUGGCAAGAUUCAGAAAUACAAACUGAGAGAACAAAUGGAGGUACACCUUAAACUUUGAACUGUACUGGAGGGCAACACAAGCGGAUCUGGAAUAAAUGCUUUCUCCUUUUAUACUUGAGCUGUAAGCUGUCAGGAAUCUGCUGCCACCAUCAGCCUGCCUUAAAUGUAUUAGUCAAAUCAAGUGCACUUCAUCUCUUUGUUGGUUUGGAGGGGAGAUUGGUUUCUUUAGCAGAGAUUGCUUCUUUGUUUAAAUAAACCAGUGACAAGUCCUG